AUGUCUUGCAGUGAAGGGAGAAGAAGGAGAUGGGUCUUUCCCACACUUGUAGAAUCCCAUGGGUUUGAGGAUGUGAAGUCAUUGGACAAAAUCCAUGGGAUGAAGAUAGUUGGUUUAUUACCUUAUUGGUUCCACGUAGCAGAAGGUGUUGUGCGUAAUGAUGUUGAUAUGCAAUCAUUAUAUCUGUUGACAGGACCAAAUGGUGGUGGGAAAUCAAGUUUACUGCGGUCAAUUUGUGCCGCUGCCCUACUUGGGAUAUGUGGACUCAUGGUUCCUGCCAAAUCAGCCCUGAUACCUUAUUUUGAUUCCAUCACGCUGCAUAUGAAGUCAUAUGAUAGUCCAGCUGAUAAAAAGAGUUCCUUUCAGGUGGAAAUGUCAGAACUUCGAUCCAUCAUUAAUGGAACCACCGAAAGGAGCCUUGUACUUGUUGAUGAAAUUUGCCGAGGAACAGAAACUGCAAAAGGAACUUGUAUUGCUGGUAGUAUCAUUGAAACUCUUGAUAGAAUUGGGUGUCUGGGUAUUGUAUCUACUCAUUUGCACGGAAUAUUUACUUUGCCCCUAAACAUAAAAAACACUGUGCACAAAGCAAUGGGAACAACGUCCAUUGAUGGAGAAACAAUGCCUACGUGGAAGCUGACAGAUGGAGUCUGUAAAGAAAGUCUUGCUUUUGAAACUGCCUCAAGGGAAGGAAUCCCUGAGCCUAUUAUCAGAAGAGCUGAAUAUCUUUAUCAGUCAGUUUACGCUAAGGAAAUGCUUUCUGAAGAAAAUUUCCUAAAUAAAGAAAAGUUUUCUACUUCCAUCAAUGUUAAUAAUUUGAAUGGAACACAUCUUCAUUUAGAAAAGUUCUUACCAGGAGCUAAUCAAAUGGAAGUUUUACGUGAGGAAGUUGAGAGUGCUGUCACUAUGAUAUGCCAGGAUCAUAUAAUGGAACAGAAAAGCAAAAAAAUUGCAUUGGAGCUUACCGAGAUAAAAUGUCUCCUAGUUGGUACAAGGGAGCAGCCACCUCCAUCGGUUGUAGGUUCUUCAAGCGUCUAUGUGAUGUUCAGACCAGAUAAGAAACUCUAUGUAGGAGAGACUGAUGAUCUCGAGGGACGAGUUCGAACACAUCGACUGAAGGAAGGAAUGCAUGAUUCAUCAUUCCUUUAUUUCCUAGUUCCAGGAAAGAGCCUGGCAUGUGAAUUAGAAUCUAUGCUCAUUAAUCAACUACCCAGUCGAGGCUUCCAACUGAGCAAUACAGCUGAUGGUAAACAUAGGAAUUUUGGCACUUCCAACCUGUAUGCAUAACUAGUUGAUAGGCAUCGACUCUUUCUAUGUCUGUUUUGUAUUUAUGCCAGUGUUAUACAGCUGACUUUAAUCAUCUUUGCGUGUACAUUGGCAUAUUGAUGAUGAUUAAGUUUAGGAAGAAAUGUCUGCAGCAUUUUUGUUAGAAUUAGUUGCUGCAGAUGCUUUUAUGUUCAUAUUUGCAAAUGUGGAAAUUGUUGUUCAUUAGCUUGCCAGUAGUUCUAUUCCUUUGAAAAUGUCUUUGAUGGACUCCUCUCCCCAUCCAACAUUCUUAAAAUUCCUCAAUACAGCUUGGUAGCACCGAGCAUUCAUGGUAAAAAUGUGAGUUCAUGUGGUUUCUUUUAAAUGUUAAAACAUAUUUUGACUAGCCUCCCCUCUAUUUGGACAAUUGGACUGAACUGCGACUUC